AUGGCCACGCGGCGCUGGCCGGGCCUGGUCAGCGAGAGCUGCCUGUGUCAGCCACGAACCUCCAUCCUGCGCCGGCAAUGCGCAAGCAAAGGAGUCUUACCUCUGUCGCAGUGGCAGUGGCAGAGACAACAGCAGCAGCUUCGGGCCUCCAGCACGGCCGGUCAGCAAGGACAAGGUAAACAGAUUGCAGUGGUCGGUGGUGGAAUUACUGGCCUGACGACGGCCUUCCACCUGGCCAGCCAGCCGAAAACCCAGGUUACUCUGUACGAGAAAUCAAACAAGCUGGGAGGAUGGAUGCAGUCAGACAUAGUCGACACGGGCGACGGCAACGUCGUCUUCGAGCACGGCCCGCGGACACUACAGUGCGGUUUGUAUAACGCGAUGGCCACGAUUGAGCUGAUAAUUAGAUUGGAGAUGCUCGAAUUGGUACUGCAAACAAGGGCCGAUAGCCCUGCUUACCUGAACCGAUAUAUCUACUACCCGGAUCACCUCGUUCGAGUCCCCAUGCCACGCCCCGGCUCAUCCCCUCUCAGUGUAAUAUGGAACCUGCUACAGAAUGGAAGCGAGCCAGCAUUCAAGGGCCUUCUAAGAGACCUAUUAGGGGAGCCGUUUAGGGAGCGUCGGGACCUGAAGAUUCGUGAUGAAUCGAUCGCAGACUUCCACCUCAGGAAAUUUGGUAGAGCCACGACGGAUCAUUUCGUCUCUGCGCUUAUGCACGGAAUCUAUGCCGGUGAUAUCGACAAACUGAGCAUGAAAGCUACUAUGCCCAUGCUAUGGGACCUCGAAACUGGCCCCCAUGGCAUCUAUGUAGAAGUUAUGGAUCGGCAAAUGUCGGGGGACAAGUUGGUCCUCUAUAACCACAACAAGCUAGAGGUCGUGAGAGCUAUAAGGCGCGAAUACUCGUCGGAGUUCAACACGCGGAUGAGCCAGUUGUUUGGCGGAGCUUCUAUCUUGUCCUUCAAAGGUGGAAUGCGUUCCCUUGUGUCAGCUCUAUCCCAGAGACUGGAAAAGCUUCCUAACGUUGAGGUUGUGAGGGACGCCGCAAUAACUCAUAUUCAGUAUGAUAAGCCCAAGGGAUCCAUGGUUAUAUCUUCGGCCGCAAACAAGCCGCAGGCAAGAUAUGAUUAUGUUAUCUCCACCACUCCGUCCACGGUGCUGGCAGACCAGUUACGUGGGCCAGGAAGCUGCACGCCUCCCACUGCCACUUCAAGGAUGCUAGCAGCGAACGACUAUGCUGUCAGCGUCAUGGUGGUCAAUCUCUUCUAUAAAAACCCUAAUCUCAUUCCCAUGCAUGGUUUCGGAUACCUGAUACCUCGAUCUGUGCCUAUAGAACAGAACCCGGAGCGAGCACUGGGCGUGAUGUUCGCAACUCAGGCAGUUCGUGGUCAGGACAGUGCUGACGGAACAAAGUUAGCGGUCAUGAUAGGCGGCCACUGGUGGGAUGGAUGGAACGAAUCUGAUCUUCCGGGACAGCAGGAGGGCAUUGCUAUGGCGAAAUCGGUGCUCGCUCGCCAUCUGGGGAUUACUGACGAGCCAGUUGCUGCCAUAGCCAAACUACAGUACAAGGCAAUACCGCAAUACGCUGUUGGACAUUGUGAUAGGAUGGAGGAUUUACAUGAAUCGCUAUGUCGGGAGUAUGACUCUCGGCUUAAGGUUGCUGGCGCUUGGUAUACGGGCGUGGGGGUGAAUGAUGGCAUCGCUGCCGGACGAGCCAUAGCCACCGCUCUGUGUGACGGAAGAACUGAGGAGACUGGACUAGAAGUCUACGUGAAUCCCAUGCAGGGAGUGAGCGCUGCCAUCCUAUAG